UUUGCCCUCAACUUCAUGGCUCAGUCCAAAUGAAAAGAUUGAAAAAAUCUCCCCUAAUGUCAAAUCCUUACAAAACCCACAAUUUUCAAUUGCAAGCUGCAAAGUAAACGGAUUGGGAGAAAAAUAAAAUCUUUGGGGGCUUACGUUUCGGGUUACCAAGUCCCUAGUUCCUCAAUCCAAUUUCAACAUUCUUCAUAGCCGAUUUUGCAAGUUGAAGAAACGACCACUUACAUAUAGGUUAUAGCAUCUGCGGACUAUCUGUGGAGAAGUUCUCAUGGCUGACUCUGGAGAAAAUAGUGCCUUGUUCCCAAUUUUUAUAUUGUCAAUAAUUGCCUUGCCCUUAGUACCCUAUACAAUACUUAAAUUACUCCGUGCUGCUUCAAAAGAGGAAAAGAGUAUUCACUGUGCGUGUUCAGUUUGCUCUCGAUCAGGAAAAUAUCGCAAAUCCAUUUUUCGAAGGAUCUCUAAGUUUUCAACCUGUAGCAACUUUACCGUGCUGCUGCUUUGGGUCAUUGUGGUUUUCCUUGUUUAUUGCAUCAAGCAAAGUAGUCGUGAGAUUGAAGCUUUUGAUCCAUUCAGUAUUCUUGGGCUAGAACCAGGAGUUUCCGAAUCUGUAAUAAAGAAGGCAUAUAGGAGACUUUCAAUACAAUACCACCCAGACAAAAACCCUGAUCCAGCUGCUCAUAAGUAUUUUGUGGAGUAUAUUUCCAAAGCUUACCAGGCCCUGACAGAUCCGGUCUCAAGGGAGAAUUAUGAGAAAUAUGGACAUCCAGAUGGUAGACAGGGUUUUCAAAUGGGAAUAGCGCUUCCUCAGUUUCUGCUUGAUUUUAAUGGCUCAUCUGGUGGUAUAUUAUUAAUUUGGAUUCUUGGAGGUUUUAUACUGUUGCCAAUGGCGUUUGGUGUUGUUUAUCUAUCAAGAGCAUCAAAGUAUGGGGGAAGUAAUGUCAGGCGUGAAACUCUUGUCACUUAUUUUGAUUUAGUGAAGCCCUCCUUGGCUCCAAGCAAAGUUAUGGAUGUAUUCAUUAAGGCAGCUGAAUUCAUGGAUAUUCCAGUCCGAAGAGCCGAUGAUGAACCUCUUCAGGAACUCUUCAAACUUGUGAAAAGUGAACUGAACCUGGAUGGUAAGAAUGCCAGGCAGGAACAAGCAAAAUUUUGGAAACAACCUCCUGCUAUUGUUAAGGCCGAAUUAUUGAUUCAAGCCCAUUUACUUCGUAAAGCAGACACUUUCUCUAGUAACUUGCAGCAAGAUUAUAAACAGGUGCUGCAGCUUACGCCUCGCCUUCUCGAAGGGCUAAUGAAGAUGGCAACUGUGCCACGCACUGCUAAGGGACAUGGUUGGCUAAGGCCUGCAAUUGGAAUCAUCGAGCUCUCCCAGUGCAUAAUUCAGGCCGUUCCCCUUAGUGCUAGGAAGGCAGGUUCAGGAUCCUCUGAAGGUGUUACUUCGCUUUUACAGCUUCCACAUUUUACUGAUGCAGUCAUCACAAAGAUAACGAAGAAGGUGCGUACGCUGCAGAAUCUCCUGGACAUGACCCUUCAAGAACGUGCUGAGCUGCUUUCUGAUGUUGCUGGCCUAUCUGCUGCUGAAUUACAAGACGUGGAGAAGGUGCUGGAAUUGAUGCCUCAUGCAACAAUUGAAGUUACUUGCGAGACUGAGGGAGAGGAAGGCAUACAAGAGGGGGACAUUGUCACGGUGCAGGCAUGGGUGACACUCAGGCGUGCUAAUGGUUUGAUCUCAGCUCUUCCGCAUGCUCCAUACUAUCCAUUCUCCAAGGGAGAGAAUUUCUGGUUUUUACUUGCAGAUGCCAAUUCAAACGAUGUCUGGUUUUCUGAAAGUAUCAACUUUAUGGAUAAAGCAGCAGCCAUAACAACUGCUUCAACAAUAACUGAAGCGAAAAUGGAAGCAUCAGGGGCAAAUAUGGAGGAGAUUGCUGCCGCUGUUAAAGAUGCUGUUGCGAAAGUUAAGAGAGGGUGCCGACUGAUCUUGGGCAAGAUCCAAGCUCCACAGGCAGGAAAUUACAAUUUAAACUGUCAUUUGAUGUGUGAUGCAUGGAUUGGCUGCGACACAAAGACAAACUUAAAACUAAAAGUAUUGAAAAGGAGCAGAGCUGGAAGUCGAGGUGGUCAUGUGGCUGGGGGAGCUCAGGAUGAGAAUGACGUUGAAGAUGAAGAUGAAGAUGACAUUGAAGAAGACGAAGAGGGUGACCAGAGCGAGUAUAGCGAGGAUGAGGAUGAAGAUGAAGACGAGGAUGAUGAGGCUGACAAACAAAACAAUAAUACUAAUAGAAAGGGCUUUGCUAAUGGCUCCGCUCGAAGAAAGGGUAGAAAGUAAGUUCUAGGCAAAUCGCACGAGGGAGGGAAUGGUCUGUAUUUUGAUAUCCGCUGGAAUAGUGCUAUUCAUUUUCUAGAGUUGGCUUCUUGGCACUGAAUGAACCACAUUUUGAGAAAGUUAAUUUAAGAGUUUCACCUAACAUGUUUA